AUGUCUGAACAAUAUCAUUAUUCAUCACAGGGUCAAUAUCCCCCUCCCCCUCCUCCUCAACAAGAAUAUUAUCCACCUCAACCACAGCCACAACCACAAACUAUAAUAGUUCAACAAGCACCACCACCUAGUAAUGAUGAUAAAUUUUGUUUAGGAUGGUAA